UGCGUUCGAGGCGGCCGCUCGGUCACAACAGCGCCGGUUGCCGUUCCUGAGAUGGGCAUUCAGUUGUCGCGGGCCAAGCGCGGCCCUGCCGAGGUGAGGGAGAUCAAAUGGGAGCCCGAUCGGGAGGCCGCACCGCUCAGGACGCUCGACGAACUGCUCGCGUACAAGGAGCAGCCCUUCCUGUGCGCCGUGGAGCCGCUGUCAGAGGCGAUCAAGCGCGGUAAGCCAGGAGACCCGAGGACCAUCUUCUGCCACGACAUGGGUGGCGGCUACAACGAGGACAGGUUCAUCCACGGCUGUAGUGAGCGGCACGUGUACCGGUUCCACCACUGGCAGAUUAUCGACACGUUCAUUUAUUACUCGCACCACAUGGUCACGGUUCCUCCUCCGGGCUGGAUUUCGGCUGCCCACAAGCAUGGCGUCAAAGUUCUAGGAACUUUCAUCUUAGGCAAGGACGAUGGCAAAACUAUUGAUGAGAUCAAAAACUUAGGUCUCGUGCCCCAGGUGGCAGCCCAGCUAGCACAUGUUGCAUCCGUGUGCCGGUUUGAUGGAUGGCUAAUCAGCAUCGGGUGUCAAGUGCAACGCAGCUGCGUUCCAGUACUAAAGGGCUUCCUUAAGGCCGUCACCACAGAAGUACACAAAGCUGUGCCUGGCUCUCUUGUCCUCUGGUACGAUGCUGUCGACGUCAACGGAAAGGCCAAGCCACACAACGAGCUCAACGAAAAAAAUUCGUGCUUUCUCGACUUAUGCGAUGGCAUCUUCCUCAACUUCCGGUGGACUGAAGUCAUGCUCCAGAGGUCGGCACAACUGGCAGGCAACCGCAAGGCCGACGUCUACGCUGGGGUUGACGUGUACGCAAGAGGCACGCCGUACCCUGGUGGCUUCGACACGUACAAGGCCGUUCAGCUGGCUCGUAAUUGUGGUUUGUCAGUUGCUGUCUUUGCGGCCGGCUGGGCCUACGAGACGAAGGACAAAAACAGUUUUGCAAGAAGCCAGUACCGGCUUUGGACAUUUCCGGAUGACUGCUGCUCUGAAUGGCGCCUCAUCGAGCUGCCACUGUCCACAAGUUUUUGCCAAGGCUUCGGCAUCAAGACGUUUGCAGCUGGCAAGAUAACGUCCAAACUACCGUGGUUCAACUUGCACAAGCAGCAGCUACAGCCUCGGGACCAAGGCAGCGCACUCUGCGACUCCUGCGGUUCUGUAAAGCUGACGACAGAGGACGCCUACAACGGGGGCGGCAGCCUUCGUGUGCUGUUCAAGCCUCACCUUGACUACCCGGACGCUAAACCCUACAUAAGGUUGUUUGAUUGCGACUUUCCGUUGAGCCCUCUUGUGGUGAGCUACACCUUCAAGAACAUCAGCUGCGUCAUCAAAGUUGGCCAGGACAUUGCAGUUGUUUUGAAGGUUAAAACUGCAGCAGGGGAGCCGGAGGACAUAUUUCUAGGCACGAUGAUUGGUCUACCGGAGGGUGGCAACUACAGGGUGACACGAGAGAUCAUCGAGCCCGAGGACAGCGAGCACGAGUCGAAGACUUACUGGCACACUAGAAAAUUCCGGCUGGAAGACUUGCGGGGUGCAGACGGUGCCAUUCUUGAAGAGGUUGGCCUCCAUUUAUUCUGCGCCAACAUGGAGGCUACCGUUUGCCUGCUGGGCCAACUGGACAUCUCACGGCCAGCCGGUGAAAAAGUCGUUCGCAGUAACGACGACAGCGAUGAUGACUACGAACCGGAAAUGAAGCGGCAGCGAGACGACCAGGACUGACUUGAAUCGAUUUAAUUCGGGUAAUAAAAGAUGUG